AUGUUCAAGACCACAUACCUGCGCGAGGUGCGCAAGGAGAAGUACGAGCGCUCCGAUGUUCUCGAGGAACCGAGCAGCCCAGAUGCUACCUCCGGGCACUCGGCCGACAAGGGUUGGGAGAGCCUACAGGAGCUCAACAGCCGCUUUGCACGCUACAUUAACCGAGCACGAGUACUGGAGCAGCGCAAUGCCGUGUUCCGAAAACAGCUAGAAACGCUACAACGCAUGGAAGAACCCUCCGGCCUGGAGGAGGCCUUCAGCGAGCAGAUCAGCGUGAACCGUCAGCGCAUCCGUGAGCUGCAGUCCGAGCGGGCCAAGCUCGAGCGGGAGCUGAAGGAUGCCGAGCGCAUGCUGGAUGAGUUUAACAACAGAUACAGAAACGAGUGUGAAUAUCAGGAAAAGCUGCGAGGAACUCUGGAACAACUCAACAAGGAAGCUGACACUGCGUUGUUGAGAAAUCUUGAGUAUCAGAUACAAUCUCAGUUCCUACAAGAUGACAUCAGCUCUACUAAAGACAGACAUAAAAAGAACCUUGCCGAGAUCCAGACCUAUGUUAACAUCCUGAACCAGAUAAACCAGUCCACUCCUCUCAUGCCUAACAUGUCUGUGGGUUUCUCAGAGGAACAGGAGAGACUUAUUGCUCAGAGACGUGUGCCGGCUUUGCAGAGCCAGCUAGAGGAGUACAAGAGCGCCCUCUGCCAACUCCAGGCGCAAAAACAGCGGCUGCAGGCUGAGACCUCAGCGCUGGAGCAGACGAUCAAGACCACGCAGGACAGCUACGAUGACGAGAUCCAGCUGUAUAAUGAGCAGAUCGAGUCACUGAGGAAGGAAAUCGAGGAAGCCGAGCGAUCGCUGGAGAAAUACACCGACCAGUGCCGACACCUGGCCGUGUACCAGACUUCUCUGGAGAAUGAGCUGGAAAGGUAUAAGAGGAUCAUUGAGAACGAAGAUCACAGACUGAACUCAGCCAUAAUUGGGACACCUAUUACCUUGUUCACAACUAAUUACAGAUACACUCCAAGCCCUACUAUGAUUCACAGAGGAAAAGAUAUUACCCAAGCUAUACAAGACAUUACCAACGUCAAACCACGUCAGAAGAACCAAAAGAAAGUGAUCAAAAAGAAAGAGAUCACCUCCAAAGACUUGACAGACAACGGGCAAGAGGAGAAAAGCCAAGGGGACCCCGGCGAGGAAGAGAAGUCGAGAGAGAUGGAACAAGAGGGCGAGGUAAGGAAAGAGGAACAUCCCUCUCUGUUCAAGAGUGUGAAUCGUGAGGACGUUCCUGACGGUGCACAGAUUAGCAAGGCAUUUGACACGCUCUGUAACAUCGUCAGAGACCGCAUGAGGAAGUACAGGAGGCCUGAACCCAUCGCGGACUUUUACACUAAGGGCCGCUACGUGCUGGUGACCGGAGAAUCCAGCUACCUGGACCCUUGCUUUUACACAUCUACCCCAUCUGCUGGCCACAUUUAUGUCACUAUUGAAGAUGGCAUGAUGCCCCCAUACCUUCCAUACGGGCGUGGCACACCCUCCCCAACCCCAAGCCCUCCACCUCCACCCCCACCUGGCCCCAUUCCCUUAUCUCCCACCCUGCCCACAGACGACGGGGAAGACGACAAAGGCAAAGGGACGGAUGACGAGAGGGGAAAAUCCAAGAAAGAGGGGGACAAUGGGAAGGGAAAUCAGAAGUACAAAAACGGAGACACCCAUCCUAAAGGUAAAGGCCAAGGCCCCACCCCUGGCCCAGCCCCAGAACCUAGCCCUUCAUCUGGGCCAAGCCCUGCUCCAGGCCGUGACGGACACCUGAACAGCGACAAGGACAAGGUCUCCGAGGACGGGCGCCACCAAAGGGGACCACCCCUCAUGCCAUCCACUGUGUCCGACACCCCCCCUGACUCCAUGAGCUAUGAGAAGGUGGAGGUGGUGGAGUCUGUGGAGAGGUUGUCUCCUGAUAACAAGAUCAGGGGCUAUGAAGAGACCUCUAUGGUCGUGGAGACCAUGAUUGAGAAGACAAGCAAGAAAAAACAUGGAGAGAGACCAUCUUAA